CAAGAACCGACGCGGUAGCCAAUCAACGUGCCGUUUUUUCGUAAUGACCAAUUUUAUUGGCUACUACCCCUUCCUACCGCGUGGCGUGUUUCAGCAACCUGUGUGUAGGAGGCAGGAGUUCCCAGAACCAGAGUGGCGUGCGUGUUGUUGCGUCUCCCGCUAUUUCUCUUGCCUCUUCGAGAUUCAUCCAUUCGAACCGUCAACCAGUGUCCUUCGAUGUUUAUUCUGCGGCCGCGUGCGUGAAUAUAAUACCCACGCCUUCCAGUUGCUGUUGUCUGAGCAGUGGAAGAACGGCCUCCUGUGGAAGAUUAUUAUUCUUCCGGUACUACGUAUUGUAAAUCUGGAAAGGAUUUUUGAUCCUUUACAACUUUGCAAACGUGAAAUUUAGCAUUGUGCGCAAUAUGGCGUACUUCGAUGGCUUCGAUGGCUUCGAUGGUGAUAGGAAUGCCGAGCAAAUGCCGCUUGUUGAUCGGAUGGACACAGAAUACAUGAUACAUGUGGCAAGUUUGCCACGAGAGUUGAAUCAGGAUGCCAUCAGAGAUAUUUUUAGUCAGUAUGGUAAAAUCACUUCAAUUUUCUACCCUCGUAAUGCUGCGUGGGCUUAUGUUACGUAUGGAAAAUAUCGUGACGCCGAACUUGCUAUACGAGAACUCAAUAAUAAAAAACCAUUAUAUCUAAAAGUGUCACUUGCAAAGGAGACAUCUUAUACAAAGAAAGGGCAAAACGUAGAUUUAUCUGAAACUCUUGAAAGACCAAAAGUGGUAAACACUGCAGAUUUGCCGCCUAUUCCCAAGGAUAUAAAAUAUCGGAAUAUGGGUCGUGGACAAGCGAUAAAUGAAAUCCGUAAACAUGUGUUGCCACAACCAGUGGCAGUACCAUACAGAUAUGUAGACUAUGGAUCAUCUUUGCCUUCGGUCUCGCAAACACUUGGCGUUCAUGAGUUUGAGGUCGAAGAUCCUUAUGCGAGCACAAAUCAAUUAUGGACAAGGGGUGUGAUAACUGUCACGCCAGAUGGAAAAAGACACGUUUCUCUUGGACGCGGUUAUACGAUGUAUGAAUAUCCAGAACCAUAUCCUAAGAUUGAAGAAUGUAUUUCAAAAAUAUACGAACAACGAAAAAACGGAUUAUAUGAAUAUUCCGAAGAUAAGCUUAAGAAUGGAGUACAAAACUGCUCCGUUUGUUCCACGAAAACAAUUAAACAUUGUGAAAAAUGCCGUACGUAUUAUUGUAGCAAAGCUUGUCAAUUGGAAGAUUGGCCACGACAUCAGGAUGAGUGUGAACGUAUUCCGGCAUUAGUGGAAGAACCGAUUGGUGGUAUGUCAUCAUUGAAAAUUAAUCAAGAUGUAAAUCAAACAAAAAAGACAUCAGUACCAAAUAUAAUUAAUAAAACUGCUACAUCUAGUGAUGUAAAACUGCGACGGCCCAAUACGAUUAAUGCAGUGCAAGUGGAAAACUCGAGUAAUAUGAAUACAGACAUGGAUAAGAAUAAUACAGAUGUUACGUAUAAUUCUGUGAAUAAUGGAACUCAAGAUAGAUAUUCAUCUGGUCAACAUGAUAAUGAUAUAAAUGUAUCUCAAACUAAAAUGACAGAUCAACCAGUAGUAAAUGUUACAAACACCAAAGAAUUUUCUCAACAACAUCGAUUGCGUAAAUAUGACAAUACUAACGAGAGUACUAAUCAGUCGAGAAAAAAUAAUGAGUGCUCUCCAAAAUCUAGCUCCACUGACCAAAGUCGUCAUAGUCGUAAUUAUCAAAGUGAUUCAAACAGAGCUACCCUUAACAAAGAAAAAUAUUAUAAUAGCAAUGUAAAAGACAAAACUUACAAUAAUGACCGAAAUUGGCCUAAAAAAAAUGGCUUCCAAAGUGACAAAAACUCUGCUUGCUAUAAUGGCAGAGAAAAUGCCAAUAGACCAGGAACUAGUGUUUCCCAAAAUAACUCAAUGAACAACGGUUUUUAUAAAGAUACACGUUUAUCAAAAACAAAAUUUAUAGCUGUGGAAGUUAUAAUAUCUCUGGGUAAUGGUGAAUAUUGGAUAAACAAAGUAGAUAAUAAAAGUGCACUUUGCAACUUAGUGUCGGAGUUACAAGAUGUCGUAAAGAAAUCACAUAAGAUGCAGCCGAUUAUCGGUAAAGUUUACGGUGUGCUCUAUGGUGAUACUUGGUAUAGAGCUAUGGUAACAUCCCUGAAUCCUACUAAGGUCAAUUUUAUUGACUAUGGUAACGAUGAAAUAUUGAAAAAGGAUGAUGAGACCAGAGAUAUAGGAGACCUGGUUAAAGCUCCAGAAUUUGCUAGAAAAAUUCGCUUAAUGCAAGGCACAAGUGAUAGGUAUAGAAAUCUACAAGCAGGCGAGACCAUUUCUGUUAAAAUGUUGUCCAUGGAUUCUGACAAUACGAUAAUAGUAGAAGUGCAAGAACAAUCGGAAAGUUUAUCUUCACGUACAACAGAAAGUUCGUCAAAUGAUACAGUGAAAAAGUUGAUGCCACAAAAAAAUGAUGAAGUGUCAUCAAAUAAAAGUACAAAAGCUUCCACCGUUCAAAUACCUAACGUCUUGGAUGCUUUGGCUGAUUUGUUGAAACAAGAAGCUGCUUCUGAAUUGCAAAUUAAGGGCUUCAUACAAAUUUAUCCAAGUUCGCAAAAGAACGUUUACCACGCAAUUUUGGGCCCAGAUGUUUACAGAUCCGAAGUUACGAUGAUUUUCCUUCACCUGCAAGAAGACUUAAAUGAGUGCUUAAAAGAACAAGCAGAUAUAGAUUACAAGCCGAAACCAGAAGAGUUAGUUUGCGGUAAGUGUUCUGAUGGCUGGUACAGGGGAUACGUUUCGGUAUGUCCCAAAACAUCCAAGUUGUCCAUUCGUGCAAUAGACGAGGCAAGAAUUAAACCAGCAGAUAAAAUUUUGCCAUGUCCCAAAAAGUAUUCGAAUAUUUUUGCUCUUGGAGUUAUGUGCGAAAUGAACCAUUCUGCCAUCGAAUUGCAGAAUGAUGAUGCACCAUACGGGUUCACAGCGGUCUUGAAUGAGAUGAGCCACAAUCAAGAAAGUCUUAAGAUAAAAAUAUGGAUAAACUCUGAGGACUCUGAAGUGAUACAGGCUGUGGUGAGGAAACCCACAGUGAACUCGCCGAUUCCUAUUAAAAUAUUAAAAAGUGGAUCUAAGGUAUGUCUUACAAGUUAUCGAAAUCAUUAUUAUAUGUUUGUACGGUCUUUAGACGAGGAAGAAGUAGAAUAUUACAACAAUGUUAUGCAAACCGUCGCACAAUAUGCACAAACAGCACCGCAUUUACCCGAGCCUCCAGUUCCUCCACAAAUAGUAAUUGCACCAUAUAAUAAUGAUGGCAAUAGUUAUCGUGCAAUGGUACUUAACUUGGUGGAGAAUGAUAAAGCUAGGAUAGUUUACAUCGAUUUUGGCAAUAUAGCCAUAAUUGAUAUAAAAGAUCUUAAAGUCAUGCCAGCAUGCGAUUUAUUGCAACAUGGCUGUACUAGAAUAACUUUAAAAGACAUUCCUCGUGACGUACCCAGCAACUCAGAAGUUGACCUUUAUCUUCGCAAUUUAACGGGCAAAGAGGUGCCCCUGGUAUGUACAUAUGAAGGUACAUCACCCAAGGAUGGAGUUCGUUUGACGAUGCUUACAGGGGAAUGUGUUAAUGAUAAAAUAAAUCAGCUAUUAAUCCCAGGAUGGAAAAAAGAAAAUGAUGACAACACAUGUUACAUGAUAAAUGAUAUUGAAAGCGCAAGUUUAGGACAUGUAGGUGAAACAGUAAAUGCAGUGAUACUGUGUAAACAGGAUACUGGAACUAUGUUCAUGAUGAGUUCUGUCGAUGUUGAAUUAACGGCUCACAUCUCUGAUGUGAUGCCCAAGAUGUUGAAAGAGUAUUGCGAGAAAACGGAAUAUUAUAUACCAAGAGUGAACGAAUUAUGUUUGGCGUUGUACGAGGAGGCAUGGUAUCGAGCCGUAUGCCUCAAUCCUAAGGAAUCGCACACGACAUCUGAAAUUUUAUUUAUUGAUUGGGGGAACACAGAAUCAGUGGAGCAUAAGAAUAUAAGAUUGAUGCCUAAAGACUUUAUCGUACCUAAACCAUUGGGAAUUUUUUGUACGAUUGUCGAUUUGGCACCAGUUGACAGUAAUGGAAAAUAUUCAGAAGCCGUACAGAAGAAAAUAGACGAGUUAACACAAGAUUACUCGGCCAUCAAGAUUAAAAUUGUAGAACUCAUUGAACACUCCCAUAUUAAAGUCGAGUUACCAGAGGUUCGCGACGCGUUAAUCAAAAGUGGUCUCGUGUAGUCUUCAUAAACAUUUUAAUUUACAUAUAAUUUUAUAGAUUAUGUGAUCUUGUGCAGGAUUAAGACUAUUUUUGAUCUUAAAUCGUUAUAUGAUUUAAUUCUCUUCAUUUAUGUAUUUUAAACAGUGGACAGUUACAUAUUUGAAUAUUAUAUUUGCCUAUUACAUAUAUCUUUUUAUUUGACAACUUCAGUCUGCUGUUAUCA